ACUGGGCCACUUUAUGGCGUAUUUUUGUAUUUAAGAUUAAUAUAUCCUAAAAUUACAGUCAUCCAUUUCACGUACCACUGAGCAAAGAGUAAAAUUACAGCUGCGUUACAGAUCUCAUAUCUCUCUUAGAAAUCGGAAACUACAUCGCACGGUUUAUUGUUUGUUUUAGUACAAGCUUAAACAUCAACAACGAUGGCGGACGAACGGUUUGGCAUCGUUGACUACGUAGUUUUCUCCGUGAUGAUGCUGAUCUCCGCCUUGAUCGGGAUUUGGUACGGCUGCGGCCCUGGUGGAAAGCAGAAGACAACGGCUGAGUACCUUUUGGGAGACCGCCAAAUGAAGAACUGGCCGGUGGCGAUAUCUCUCCUGGUGUCCUAUCUAUCGGCGAUCACCCUGUUAGGGGUACCAUCCGAGAUUUACACUUACGGAGCACAGUACUAUGUCCUUAUAAUCUCUUACUUCAUCAUCUGUUUCACGGUGGCUGUCAUUUUUGUGCCCAUGUUUAGGAGAGUGAACAUCACUUGUGCGAAUGAGUAUCUUGAACUACGCUUUAGUGUUGGAGUUCGAAUGGUGGGAUGCGUGUUCUUCAUUUUAGAAUACACUCUUUACUUGUUUGUUGUCCUGUACGCACCUUCACUCGCUUUAGAGGCUGUGGCUGGGAUUCCACUAACGGCCUCUAUCCUGACUACCGGGGUGGUUUGUACAUUCUACACCAGUCUGGGCGGAUUGAAAGCCGUGGUGUGGACCGAUGUAUUUCAGUCAGCGGUUAUGGUAGGAGGGCUCAUCACAGUUGCGGUCAUUGGAAGCGUCGAAGUCGGUGGAUUGGCAAAAGUUUGGGAGAUUAACGAACAUUUUAACAGAACCACAUUUUUCGAUUUCAAUCCAGACCCCAAGGUACGAAACACAUUUUGGACUUUAACCAUCGGCGGUGCUUUCACAGCCAUGCCUGUGUGGACAGUCAGCCAAACUGCUGUUCAGCGGUUUCUUGCCAUAAGAACCUUGAAAGACGCUAAGAGGGCCGUGUGGAUGAACGUUCCUGGUCUCAUUGUGAUCGUCACUCUGUGUUGCUUGGAUGGACUCGUUAUCUUUGCUGUGUACUCAGGAUGUGAUCUCAUAAAAGACAAGAAGAUUACCAGCAAUGACCAGACGCUGCCCUACUUUGUGAUCAACAAACUGCACAACUUGAAGGGGUUGCCGGGAAUGUUUACUGCUUGUCUCUAUGCAGGAGCUCUAAGUACCGGAUCUUCUGCGCUGAACGCCAUGUCAUUAGUGAUUUUAGAAGACAUCAUCAAGAAAAGGAUGAAGAACCUAACUGACUCAGAUGCCGCCAGACUCUGCAAGAUUAUCGCGGUUGUCUUUGGUGUUAUUGUUAUCGCUGGAGCAUUCAUUGUCAAGUACGUGGGCACUAUGGUUCUACAGCUCGCCUACAGCAUCUUUGGAAUUUGCGGUGGUCCAUUACUUGGUAUUUUUCUGCUGGGAAUGUUUGUACGCCGUGCAAAUUCAAAGGGAGCCUACGCCGGUGUUUUCUCUGGGUGUGCAUUAACUGCCUGGGUUUUCUUGGGUUCGGUUUUCUAUCCUCCGAACAAAUACCCCGGCACAACUUCAGUGAGGGAAUGCCAGUUCUAUAAAGACGCUGUGUACUACACCAGCUUGGAUCACAACGCAACCACGAGUCUCAACGUGACUGCAGAAAUACUGAACAAAUCGCAGGCAAUUUUGGACCAAUAUGGCGACGGGAAAUCGUUAUAGGUGAGUUUGACGAUCGACCAUUGGAAGAAACUGCAAAAGACGGAUACAGCGGAAUGUAUAAAAAACGUUACCGCGGACACAGUAUUCUGGAUGAUGAAGUCACUGAAGAUAACGAAACACAGUUCUAAGAAGCACAGAAUAGAAUGUUUUUUACUUUUAUAGAAAGCAGUUGGCGUAAACAAAUAAAAGGAAAUAAUG